AUGUCAAGCGAAGAGUCGUUCAAUGAAGAAAUUGACUAUAUAAUGUCAAGCGAAGAGUUGUUCAAUAAAGAAAUUGAUUAUGAAAUUACAAAUAAUUAUGAGUCACCAAAUGAAGCUGAAAUCUAUUAUGAAGAGUCAUUUGACAAAUUAUUGAAUGAUGAAGAAAUUUUUGAUAAUGAAGUACUGGUAGAUGAAGUAUUUAAUGACGAAGGACCUGACAAGAUUGCUGAUGAGGCAUUAAGUAUUGAGAAGAUACUAUCUAUUAGUGAUGAAUAUGCACCAUAUUUCAAAAGCACAACCAAAGCAUUAAU